GGCAAGUGCCAGCUAGCUUAUUCAAAUCUUGAUGCCUUCUUCUUCUUCUUGCACAUGUUUUGCCAACUCGACAGCGCUGCCUGCCAUUUAUUUCGCUCUUACCUGGACCGGAACGACAGCCGCGACUCGCGCCGAACCGUUGUCGCAACGCAUGACCAGUGACGAUUUCCUCACCGCAUUACCUACCACACUGUUACUAUACUAAGGAGCGGUCCCAGCGCGUUUGAACCUCCAAGCGAACUAACCUCCUGGACUACAUUGUCAACCACCUCUACGCAAUCCCUCUGUUAGGCACAUCCUUUACUUCCAGCCCCCACAACACUUGUGCAUGGCGUACAACAUCGAUGUCCUUCCUGUCCGACACAGUACUAUCGGGAGGCAGCACGCGACUGCACAAAGCAGGCAACCACAACAACGGCGGGAAGGUCAUUAGAAAGAGCAAGAGCCAUGGUAUAUUCCUAUCACCACUCACGAAACUCGUUCGCAACCCUGUACAGUCAAUAAGCGAUGUAGUCGGCAGUCACUACAAUGCGCCAUUCCAGGCUGCGCUGGACGAGGAUGCAGGUCGCAAGCAGAUUUUGUACCUGCGCAUGAAGAACGCCGAAACAUAUGACGAAUGGGAAGCCGCAGCGACCGACCUCGACGUUUUGGAAGGAAACAAUGCCUGGAAAGAUGAAGAUGAGUCGCCAGAGUAUGAUGCAGCGUUGGUCGCAGCCCGCCUUCGGGAGCUGGACGAUGCUCGGCUCAGCUGCGACGUGAGGAAGAUGUUGUUUUUGAUACGAACAACACUCACGCGGGACCUCGGCGACAUGGGCGGCCUGCAACUGUACAAACACUCCCACAUUGGCACGAAGAAGUUGAUCGAGCGGUACAUUGACUCAGCUCAGCAGACUAUGACAGCGCUGCUUGAUGUCUCAGCAAAGCAAGGAGAUCAGUGUCCUGUCGAUUCGCAAACGCUCGUCGAACAACUUUUGCAGACACGUCAAUCGUUCGGACGCAGCGCGUUGUUGUUGUCAGGAGGUGGAACAUUCGGCAUGAACCACAUUGGAGUUGUCAAAAGUCUGUGGGAUACGGGCCUUCUUCCGCGCAUCAUAUCUGGAGCAUCUGCUGGAAGCAUCGUUUGCGCUGUUUUGUGCACAAAAACCGACGCAGAAAUCCCAGACAUUCUGCAUGAGUUCUGCUACGGAGAUCUGGACGUAUUCGAGAAAGCGGGUGAGCCAGAGAGCGUGCUACAGAAAGUGGUACGGUUAUGCCAGACUGGCACCCUGUUCGACAUGACGCACUUGAAAAGGGUUAUGAGACAGAUGCUCGGCGACAUGACAUUUCAGGAAUCUUACAACCGUACGAGACGCAUACUGAACAUUCCGGUAUCCACCUCGUCAAUCUACGAGCUGCCCAGGCUAUUAAACUACAUCACAGCGCCAAAUGUGAUGAUCUGGUCAGCAGUAUGCACCUCAUGUUCGGUACCCCUCGUGUAUGCACAAUCCGAGCUUAUGGCCAAAGACCUGAAGACAGGCAAGGAGGUGCACUGGGAUGCCGACCCCGAUGCUAAAUGGAUCGAUGGUUCCGUGGACAACGAUCUCCCCAUGACCCGCCUCGCGGAAAUGUUCAAUGUCAAUCAUUUCAUUGUGUCCCAAGUCAACCCACAUGUGGUCCCAUUCCUGGAGAAAGAGGAAGACAUUGUAGCCGCUGAAGUGCAAAGUCCUGCAUUUUCAGCUGGCCCACACUGGAUGAGCAGCGUGGCCAGUCUUGCCAAAGGCGAAGUGUUGCAUCGCCUCCAGGUUCUUGCAGACAUAGGUGUCUUUCCUACUUAUGUUACAAAGCUGAGAGGCCUGCUCAGCCAGCGAUAUUCGGGCGACAUCAACAUUUUUCCGGCCAUAUCGUAUGCGGAUUUUCCUAGGGUUCUUAGCAACCCAACCACGGAGUAUAUGCUUGGGUGUUUGCUCACAGGGCAAAGGGCUACCUGGCCAAAGCUGUCCCGGAUACAGAACCACGUCGCAAUCGAACUUGCUUUGGACAGUCUGAUUCAAAAGGCCAAAGCGCGUACUGUUUUUAGUUCAGCUCAAACUGAACUCCGUCCUAAUACUUUAUCACGGCCGAGCUCGCAGGGUUAUGAGUCUUCGACAGUACCUCGGACACGACCAAACAGCAAGACACUACGAUUCGCAAUCAGGACAGAACACCCCAGUCCAAUUUUAUUGAGAUCGACUCUGAUCAGCCCACUUCUUUCACGCUCAACACCCAUGAUACCCGCGCAUGAUGACCGCAUUCCGGGUCACAGGCAGUCCUUGCAGGUCCCCAAUGCAUCAGGCAACCGUACGACAGACACCAUCUCCUCUUCUACUAACCCCGAAGAUUCAUCCGAUAAGGAGUAUUACGCAGAGAUAGACUCAGAUACCUCUGAAGUGCUUUCAUCUCCGUCGCCCAUCACGUCACCAUCCUCCCAUGGACCUACUUUAUGGCCACCCACACGCCAUACAUCUUUGCUCUCCCUUUCUGCACCUACAACACCUGCAAUCUCGACUUCCUUCGAUCGCCAUAUUGGCACCUUACUCAACCUCGCCAUGAUUCCAGUCACUAACCACGUACCUACUCCUAGCUCACCGGAGCUCCGCUACAAGCGCCUGUUCCACCCGCCCGGACCGGUAGCACCAGAACUCAACGUCAAGCCUUCUACCCCAAACCAUGUCGAGUCUCUGUGUUCCGUUACACCUUCGACGCCGAAUAGAAGCCCAGCACACAGUAGGCGCGGUAGCGUCACAGGGCUUAUGCUCGAUAUUUCCGGUGCAAGGGGCAUGCUACGGCGCAAGAAAAGCGCGGUGAGCUUUCACGAGAGCUUCUUCGGAUGAAGAAAUCAGCUGUCAAUUUUCAGGUCUAUGUUUCAAUGUCAACAAGAACAGGUGCUCGAGUAGCGCCAAGCCAACAGGUAGAGCGGUACGCGGCAUGGUGUGGAGUUUAGAACGGUAUUUGGAGUACACCAUAGAGGACAUGAUACACAGGUCAUCAUAGAGAGUAGCAGCUACUAUAGCAUAGCGCAGCUGCGGGAUAGCAUUGGCAUGGCUCAGAAAAUACAUACUAUAAUUACAUCCUUGGGCAAGCCCAC